AUGGCAGCAGCUCCUUGGAAGAGGGGGCCCCAGCCAAGAGCACUGCUCCUUGUGGGAGAGAGGAACAGACCUCGCUACCCCCCGGAGCAGGACACGCCAGCCCGCAGCCACGACACACUCACACCACCCUACCCCCUGGAGCAGGACACGCCAGCCCGCAGCCACGACACACUCACACCACCCUACCCCCCGGAGCAGGACACGCCAGCCCGCAGCCACGACACACUCACACCACCCUACCCCCCGGAGCAGGACACGCCAGCCCGCAGCCACGACACACUCACACCACCCUACCCCCCGGAGCAGGACACGCCAGCCCGCAGCCACGACACACUCACACCACCCUACCCCCCGGAGCAGGACACGCCAACCCGCAGCCACGACACACUCACACCACCCUACCCCCCGGAGCAGGACACGCCAGCCCGCAGCCACGACACACUCACACCACCCUACCCCCCGGAGCAGGACACGCCAGCCCGCAGCCACGACACACUCACACCACCCUACCCCCCGGAGCAGGACACGCCAGCCCGCAGCCACGACACACUCACACCACCCUACCCCCCGGAGCAGGACACGGCAGCCCGCAGCCACGACACACUCACACCACCCUACCCCCUGGAGCAGGACACGCCAGCCCGCAGCCACGACACACUCACACCACCCUACCCCCCGGAGCAGGACACGCCAGCCCGCAGCCACGACACACUCACACCACCCUACCCCCCGGAGCAGGACACGCCAGCCCGCAGCCACGACACACUCACACCACCCUACCCCCCGGAGCAGGACACGCCAGCCCGCAGCCACGACACACUCACACCACCCUACCCCCCGGAGCAGGACACGGCAGCCCGCAGCCACGACACACUCACACCACCCUACCCCCUGGAGCAGGACACGCCAGCCCGCAGCCACGACACACUCACACCACCCUACCCCCCGGAGCAGGACACGCCAGCCCGCAGCCACGACACACUCACACCACCCUACCCCCCGGAGCAGGACACGCCAGCCCGCAGCCACGACACACUCACACCACCCUACCCCCUGGAGCAGGACACGCCAGCCCGCAGCCACGACACACUCACACCACCCUACCCCCCGGAGCAGGACACGCCAGCCCGCAGCCACGACACACUCACACCACCCUACCCCCCGGAGCAGGACACGCCAGCCCGCAGCCACGACACACUCACACCACCCUACCCCCCGGAGCAGGACACGCCAGCCCGCAGCCACGACACACUCACACCACCCUACCCCCCGGAGCAGGACACGCCAGCCCGCAGCCACGACACACUCACACCACCCUACCCCCCGGAGCAGGACACGCCAGCCCGCAGCCACGACACACUCACACCACCCUACCCCCCGGAGCAGGACACGCCAGCCCGCAGCCACGACACACUCACACCACCCUACCCCCCGGAGCAGGACACGCCAGCCCGCAGCCACGACACACUCACACCACCCUACCCCCCGGAGCAGGACACGCCAGCCCGCAGCCACGACACACUCACACCACCCUACCCCCCGGAGCAGGACACGCCAGCCCGCAGCCACGACACACUCACACCACCCUACCCCCCGGAGCAGGACACGCCAGCCCGCAGCCACGACACACUCACACCACCCUACCCCCCGGAGCAGGACACGCCAGCCCGCAGCCACGACACACUCACACCACCCUACCCCCCGGAGCAGGACACGCCAGCCCGCAGCCACGACACACUCACACCACCCUACCCCCCGGAGCAGGACACGCCAGCCCGCAGCCACGACACACUCACACCACCUUACACCCCGGAGCAGGACACGCCAGCCCGCAGCCACGACACACUCACACCACCCUACCCCCCGGAGCAGGACACGCCAGCCCACAGCCACGACACACUCACACCACCUUACACCCCGGAGCAGGACACGCCAGCCCGCAGCCACGACACACUCACACCACCCUACCCCCUGGAGCAGGACACGCCAGCCCGCAGCCACGACACACUCACACCACCCUACCCCCCGGAGCAGGACACGCCAGCCCGCAGCCACGACACACUCACACCACCCUACCCCCUGGAGCAGGACACGCCAGCCCGCAGCCACGACACACUCACACCACCCUACCCCCUGGAGCAGGACACGCCAGCCCGCAGCCACGACACACUCACACCACCUUACACCCCGGAGCAGGACACGCCAGCCCGCAGCCACGACACACUCACACCACCCUACCCCCUGGAGCAGGACACGCCAGCCCACAGCCACGACACACUCAGACAAGGUCUAUGCUAG